AUGGAUUGCUUAAUCUCAUCACUUUUGACAGCUAAUAACCUUGCAAACGAUAAAGAGGAAGGUAGCGUCAGACCUUCAAAACAACGCCGAAUCGCUGGUGUUGUUUUCGAUCAAGAAAUAAGCGUUUGUUUUAAAGAAGCAGCAGAAGGAAUCCCUCAAAAAGGAUGCUCUACAGCAGAAAAUGUACCAAGAAAUGAUAUUACAAAAGAGCAAUUACACGAUUUCAAAACUCCCACCUUUGCAACAUUAUUGCUCAUUCCUUUCUGGGAACACUUGAAAUGUUCUUACAACCUUCAAAAAUAA